AUCCCGCAUCCUCCGUCUCCUCACCCUCCUCCUCCACUGCGCCGAAUCCGUCUCUCUCGACAACCUCUCCUAUGCCCUAACCCUCCUCCCCGAAAUCUCCUCCCUUUCCUCCCCAUUCGGCUCCUCCCCCGAACGCGUCGCCGCCUACUUCUCCGACGCCCUCCACGCCCGAAUCCUCUCCUCCUUCCUCGGCACUUACUCUCCUCUCUCCCUCAAACCCCUAACCCUAUCGCUAACCCGCCGCAUCUCCCGAUCCUUCCAAUCCCUAAACUCCAUCUCCCCCCUCCUCAAAUUCUCCCACUUCACAUCCAACCAAGCCAUCUUUCAAGCCCUGGCUUACCACGAUCGUGUCCACAUCCUCGACCUCGACAUCAUCCACGGCCUCCAAUGGCCGGGAUUGUUUCACAUCCUCUCCUCCCGCUCCCGUCCCAUUCAAUCAAUUCGAAUCACCGGCAUCGGGCCCGCAGCCGAAAUCCUCCACUCCACCGGACGCACCCUCGCCGAUUUCGCCGCCGGACUUCGCAUCCCAUUCGAUUUCACCCCGAUCGAAGGUAAAAUCACUGACCUCACCGACCUCACCCCCUUCCUUCCCACCGAUCCUUCUGAAGCGACCGUCGUGCAUUGGACGCAGCAUUGUGUGUACGAUGUCACUGGAUCGGAUCUCGCCGCCGUGCAAAUUCUCAAAUCCAUUCGCCCCCAUAUCGUCACUGUGGUGGAGCAGGAUCUCAGCCAUGGAGGCGACUUCCUGUGCAGGUUCGUCGAAGCGCUUCAUUACUAUUCUGCUCUGUUUGAUGCGAUUGGAGAUGGAGGGGGAGGAGGGGAGGAGAGGUGGGAGGUGGAGAGAGGGGUUUUGGGUGGUGAGAUUCGAAAUAUAGUGGCGGUGGGGGGGCCGAAGAGAACGGGUGAAGUGAGGGUGGAGAGAUGGGGUGAUGAGCUCCGGCGAGUGGGAUUCCUUCCAGUGUCGCUCGCCGGAAGUCCGGCGGAGCAAGCGAGAUUGUUGUUAGGGAUGGUGCCGUGGAAGGGGUAUACGUUGGUGGAGGAGGGAGGGAGUUUGAAGUUGGGAUGGAAGGAUUUGUCGCUGUUGACGGCGUCGGCGUGGCGGCCGGCGGCCGUAGCAGAAGAAGAGGGGGGAGGGGCCGAGAAAAGGGUUAUCAGUGAGAGUCUCGCGAUGUGAGAAAUUUGUUUCCUUUCUGAAAUUGUAAAAUGCCAUUAUUUUCA